GUUGGCGGGAACAAAGCACAUUUUAUUAGCAUAUAAUGAUCUGAAAGGAUAAAGGACUGCAAACUGACCAUGUUGAAAGGCUUUUUUACUGCUUUGAGCAGUAAAGUUUUUGGUUCAGGACAAAGUGAAGCUGAGAGUUCAAAUGAAGGUGGUGGUGAGAAUUCCUCCAGCAAUGCCGUAAAGGAAAAGUCAGAUCAGGUAUCGGUUGAUGCAGCCGUGGUAUCAACAGAGGCAGCUGUGCAGAAAAAGGAGAACUUGAAGGAGGCAUCAACUGACAUUGUUGUGCCAACGCCUGAUGAAAACAACAAAAACAACUUUGGUUCAGAAGUCACUAAUAAAGAACUGUCUACUUCUGUCUUUUAUACUAAGAGCAAGAAUGACCCUUCAGGUCAGGAGACAUUGCAUGUGACAGACAAAGAACAGGACCAGGGGAAGGGUGAAAUGACCGAUAUCAAGUCUGAGGAUAGUCCUAGUCCUAGGUCUGGUGGCAAUGGGCAAGAUAUGUCGGAGUGGGUCACAUUAGAAAUGCCUAAGGGUAAAAGAUCUCCCAGGAAUCGCAAAAGCAGAUCUCCAAAGAACCAGGAUAUAAAAUCAACAUCAGCUGCUGUGUCAGCAUCAAGCCAGGAUCAAAAGUCUCUGUUGGAUUCGGAUGAUGUAAUGAUAGAAAAAGCUUCUAGUCCAGUGGAAGUCACAAACAGCAAGCUUGACAAAACAGGCUGUCAGCCCAUGGCCAGGCUGUCAACCUCUCAGGCUGUCAGCCCAUGGCCAGGCUGUCAACCUCUGCCCUGCCUUUAA